AUCCGAAACUCCUCCGCUGAGACCUAAAGGCGCAACAACUUUCUCCCGUUUGUGUCCGUGCUUGAAAAGGGAAGAUGGAGUAGGAGCACCAAACCAGAGGAGGAGUAAACGACUGACGCUCAAUUCUCUUUGCUUUCAACUCAGAGUCUAGGCUGAGCUAUCUAUUGCGCAAGGAGAUAUGAGUUCGUUGAAGAGGAAGUCGGAAGAAGUUCCUACUGAUAUAAGUCAUAUAGCUCGACCAGAAAAGCAGCAGCGAGAGAGUAAUUUCUUGGGUUUGGAUGAGCCAGUGGCUUGUCUUCAUGACGUCUCUUAUCCGGAGGGCUAUGUCCCUCGUGAUUCAAGCUCGGCCAAGUCUGAAGAAGACUUAAAACCUGCAAAAGAGUUCCCUUUUACGCUGGACCCUUUUCAGUCCGAAGCAAUUAAAUGCCUUAACACUGGUGAAUCUGUCAUGGUGUCAGCGCAUACCUCAGCUGGCAAGACAGUUGUGGCUCUUUACGCCAUUGCCAUGUCUUUGAAGAAUAAUCAACGUGUGAUAUACACUUCACCAAUCAAAGCACUUAGCAAUCAAAAGUACAGAGAGUUUAAAGAAGAGUUUUCUGAUGUGGGAUUGAUGACUGGAGAUGUCACCAUUGAACCCAACGCUUCCUGCUUGGUUAUGACCACAGAAAUCUGGCGGAGUAUGCAGUACAAGGGAUCAGAAGUUGUUAGGGAGGUGGCCUGGAUUAUUUUUGAUGAAGUACACUAUAUGCGUGAUAGAGAACGAGGUGUAGUUUGGGAGGAGAGUAUUGUGAUGGCCCCAAAGAAUUCUCGUUUUGUAUUUCUCUCAGCAACAGUGCCUAAUGCCAAGGAGUUUGCAGAUUGGGUUGCUAAGGUCCACCAGCAACCAUGCCAUAUUGUUUAUACGGACUAUCGACCUACACCCCUUCAGCAUUACAUGUUUCCUUCUGGUGGUGAGGGUCUAUACUUGGUGGUUGAUGAAAAGGGAAAAUUUCGUGAGGAAAGCUUUCAGAAAUCUUUGAAUGCCCUUGUUCCUGCUAGUGAGGGGCACAAGAAAAGAGAUAAUGGAAAACGAGAUAAGGGUUUCGUUGCUGGUAAAGUGGGUGAGGACAGUGAUAUAUUCAAAAUGGUGAAAAUGCUCAUACAACGUCAGUAUGACCCUGUAAUAUGUUUUAGCUUCAGUAAAAGAGAGUGUGAAUUUCUUGCAAUGCAGAUGGCUAAAAUGGAUUUAAACAAUGAUGAUGAGAAGGUGAACAUUGAUAGCAUCUUUUGGAGUGCUAUGGACAUGCUGUCCGAUGAUGAUAGAAAGCUGCCACAAGUUUCAAACAUGUUGCCCUUAUUGAAACGUGGAAUUGGUGUGCAUCAUUCUGGAUUGCUUCCUAUAUUGAAAGAAGUGAUUGAAAUCCUAUUUCAAGAAGGGUUUAUUAAGUGUUUGUUUGCCACAGAGACCUUCAGCAUAGGGUUGAACAUGCCUGCAAAAACUGUUGUCUUCACAAAUGUGCGCAAAUUUGAUGGAGAUAAGUUUAGAUGGAUUUCCAGUGGUGAAUAUAUACAAAUGAGUGGGCGUGCUGGUCGUCGAGGAAUUGAUGACCGUGGUAUUUGCAUCCUGAUGGUUGAUGAGAAGCUCGAACCUUCUACAGCUAAAUUGAUGCUAAAAGGAAGUGCUGAUCCGUUAAAUAGUGCUUUCCAUCUUAGCUACAACAUGCUUUUGAAUCAGUUACGAUGUGAAGAAGGUGAUCCUGAAAGUUUGCUUAGGAAUUCUUUUUAUCAAUUUCAAGCAGACCGAGCAAUUCCUGAUCUUCAGAAACAAGCAAAUAUACUUGCGGAAGAGAGAGACUCAAUUGUUCUUGAAGAAGAAGAUAGUUUGGAGGAUUACUACUCACUGUUACAACUGUACAAAAGCCUGAAAAAGGAUGCACAUGACAUAGUCCUUUCUCCAAAGUACUGCUUACCUUUUCUGCAGCCUGGGAGGAUUGCAAGUGUGUACUGCACAGAUACGAACGAUGAUACUCCCUCCUUCUCUAUCAAUGAAAGCGUGACAUGGGGAGUCAUACUCAACUUUGAGAGGGUAAAAGGUCAUUCUGAAGAUGAUAUAGAUAAGAAACCAGAGGAUGCCAACUACUCUGUAGAUAUCCUUACCAGAUGCAUCGUGCAAAAAGAUGAACUUGGUAAAAAAACAUCUAAAGUUGUGCCCUUAAAAGAUCCUGGGGAGGCUGCUGUUGCUUCUAUUCCAUUAUCCAGGAUUGAGAGUUUGUCUAAUCGUCGCCUGACAAUACCUAAGGACCUUUUACCGGUUGAAGUUCGAAAUAAUACCUUGAAAAGGGUUUGCAACUUUAUUUCUAGCCAUGAAAAAGAUGGGAUUCUAUUAGACCCGGAUGCUGAUAUGAAGGUUAAAAGUAGUUCGUAUGCCAAAGCUGCACGGAGGAUAGAGGCAUUGGAGAGACAGUUUGAAAAGCAUGGCAUAGCAAAAUCACCUCUCAUCGAGGAAAAGCUUAAAGUUUUGCACAAAAAGAAAGAGCUCACUGCCAGAAUCAAAUCAAUUAAGAAACAAGUGCGUGCGUCCACUGUCUUAGCUUUCAAAGAUGAACUUAAAGCCAGGAAAAGAGUCCUGAGGAGACUCGGAUAUAUCACCAGAGAUGAUGUCGUGGAAUUGAAGGGAAAAGUGGCUUGUGAGAUCAGCAGUGCAGAUGAAUUAACUCUGACCGAGCUCAUGUUUAACGGUGUUUUCAAAGAAAUUAAAGUAGAAGAGAUGGUGUCUCUGCUUUCUUGUUUUGUGUGGCAAGAGAAACUUCAUGAUGCUCAAAAGCCCCGAGAUGAGCUUGGUAUGCUGCUCACACAACUACAAGAUACAGCUCGCAAGGUUGCCAAAGUUCAGCUUGAAUGCAAGGUCGAAAUCGAUGUGGAAAACUUUGUCAGUUCCUUCCGACCUGAUAUAAUGGAAGCUAUCUAUGCUUGGGCUAAGGGGUCAAAGUUUUACGAGAUAAUGGAAUUCACUCAGGUCUUUGAAGGGAGUUUAAUUAGGGCUAUUAGAAGAUUGGAAGAAGUCCUUCAACAGCUAAUACAAGCUGCACAAUCCAUCGGUGAAACUGAGCUUGAAGCCAAAUUUGAAGAUGCUGUUAGCAAGAUCAAGAGGGACAUUGUCUUUGCUGCUUCUCUCUACUUGUAAAUAUAAGGACUGAAAUGCUUUUGACAAAAGUUAUCCUACAAUGCACACAUACCAGGAUGAUUUCUCCUCUGAAGGGCAGAGACAUGGAAACGCCUGGUAAGCAUAAGAUGUUUUACACAUUGAGUGGUUUCUCUCUUUUAUAGAUUUUUUGGUUAGGAAAGAAUCCCUAAGCUUCCAUUUUUGUUCUUUAUGGUGGUAAAAAAGAGUAGGUUAAUCAAAACUGAUUGGCUACUUGAGUAGUAGGUACCACAAUUUCAUUGAUGAAAUUGUUUAAUUUUGAUAUUAAAUUCAAGUGUAAUUUCCCCCCUUGCAGAUUUAGAGUAAGAUCACUGUGUAAUAAGAUGAUUAAUUUGUGUUUGUUUAUGAUUAUGGAGUGUAACAAUAGGCAGCUUGGUUGAGGGUUAUGUUUUUUAAAUGGAUAAUUUACUGUCCAAUUAGACACUUCUGAUGAAAUGAAAUGCUAUCACUCCGUCUCAAAGUCAUAUCAUCACAAGUCUUAG